AUGGCGAGUUUGGGGGCCACCCCACGCACGGAGAAACCCUCCGGGGGGGACCAGGGGCUCUCGACCCCCAGGACCGCGGCUCGUGGUCGGGCCAAGAGCCGGCAGAGAGAGGGGGAGCAGGGGGAGCGCGUCCCGCGGGGGUGGGUGCGGGUCCCCUGCUCGCCCACCACGCCCGGGAAGGGGCGGCUGGUCCGGCGGGGUCCCGAGGAGUGCCCCAGCCCCGGGGAAAGCGACCCUGCGAGCCCCCCUCCACCGCCCUGCCCCGAGGGCUCCUAUUUCUCGGCGCUCCCUGAGGUUGAGCAUCAGGACCCUGCUGUCCCCCCAAGCCUGCCGAGCUCGGGGGCCCUGACCCCUGGGAUGGACGGUCCCCGGAAGAUCCGGAGCAAGUUGCAGCACACCCUGGUCCUGGAGCUGGAUGGGACCCUGCUCUACUCCUCCCUGCUCGCCCGUGGGCAGCAGGAUGCCACGGCCACCUUCACCAUGAACUUCCAGGCCAGUUCCUACAAGGUUCACGUGAAGCUGCGUCCACACGUGCAGGAGUUCUUGGAGAGCCUUUCCAAGACCUAUGAGAUCUUCAUCUACACCACUGCCAAGAAGGACUAUGCCAAGAAGCUGCUGGAGGUGCUGGACCCCAGGAAGAAGCUGAUCAGGCGCUGCCUCUCCCAGUCGGAUUGUGUCUGCUCCCAGGGCUGCUACUGGAAGGACCUGACCCACCUGGGCAGGGACCUGGCUAAGACGGUGGCCCUGGACCACGCCAUGCAGGGCUUCCCUGCCCAGGCUGCCAACUGGAUCCUGGUGCCACCGUGGUCUGGGGACCCUCAGGAUGAGGAGCUGCUGCCCCUCCUGCCAGUGCUGGAGCAGCUGGGCCAGGCGGAGGACGUGCGCCCCGAGAUCCAGCGGCAAUUCCCGCCCCAACAGCUGCCUGCAUGAGGAUGAGCCUGGAGGAGCUCUGGGAGAGGCCGUGGGGAAGCUGUGGAUGCUCAGGGACAUCCAGCACCUCAUCCCAUGGAGCUGGGCUGGCUGUGCCAGGAGCCUCCCUUGGUGUUUGCAGGGGUCCCAGCUCAUCCCUGGGGGUGUCCCCAAGGAGAGCCCCUGUCUUUGGACACAGAGCUCCGUCCUGGCUCCCUCCUCUCCCUGCUCUGUAAGGUCCAGCCAAGGCUUUCACGGUCAUUAUAAGCUUGGAGAAAG